AUGGAAGUGAAUUCUUUGUCUACUUUUGAUUUCAGCUCUCAUGAUGAGCAUCAUCAAUUUUCUUUUUCCGAUCGCCGUAGGCCGGAAUUCGAAAGCUCUGUUUCAAAUGCCGCCAUGAAAGUUCAGAAGGUUUAUAGGAGUUAUCGUACACGGCGCAUGUUAGCUGACUCUGCCGUGGUUGCUGAAGUGCUCUGGUGGCAAGCUAUAGAUUAUGCUAGAUUGAAUCACAGUACAGUUUCUUUCUUCAACUUCUUAAAACCAGAAACAGCGUCUUCCCGGUGGAAUCGCAUAAGCUUAAAUGCUUCCAAGGUUGGUAAAGGUUUGUCCAAAGACGCCAAAGCUCAGAAAUUGGCUUUUCAACACUGGAUUGAGGCGAUUGACCCACGCCAUCGUUAUGGGCAUAACUUGCAUAUUUAUUAUCAAGAAUGGUGUAAAACUGAAUCUGGUCAGCCCUUCUUCUUUUGGUUGGAUCUUGGAGAUGGCAAAAAGGUUGAUCUCGAAGAAUGUCCAAGAUCUAAGCUUCAGAAGCAAAGUAUCAAGUACCUUGGACCUCAAGAGAGAGAACAUUAUGAAUAUAUUGUUGCUAAAGGAAAAAUUGUGAAUGAGAAAACUGGAGAUGUUCUUGAUACAACUAAAGGGUUGCCAGGGGCAAAGUGGAUUUUUGUGAUGAGCACGUCAAGAAGACUCUAUGCUGGUGAGAAAAAGAAAGGGAUGUUUCAUCAUUCCAGCUUUCUUGCUGGUGGAGCUACUUCGGCUGCUGGAAGACUAGUGGUAAAGGAUGGAAGAGUUAUGUCUAUUUCAGCAUAUAGUGGACAUUAUCGCCCAACAGAAGAUAGGCUUGACAGCUUUUUAUCAUUUCUUAAUGAAAAUGGGGUCAACCUGGAUGAAGUUGAGAUAAGAAAAUCAAAUGAAGACUAUGAAAGCUAUGGAGACAGAAGAUCUGUUGGAAGUGGCUAUACAUCUGAUUUUUCAGCUCUAUCAGAUUCUCCUUCUCAGGCUGAUCUUCCAAAGGAAGAGAAAACAGACCUUCCCUUGGAAUCAGCCCGAAAUCUGGUAGCUCAAACGAGUAGCUAUAACCGAUCCCUCUCAGGCAGUCUUCAGAUCCCAAUAGCAGAGGUGCCAAUUAGGACUCCAAUACUACGAAGGAUUCAUUCCGAGAAGUCUAAAAUGUCGUAUCAACUUCCCUUGGUGUGGUCAACAGGUGCUGGACCAAGAAUUGGCUGUUUUGCUGACUUCCCUGCUGAGCUUAGAUGGCAGGCCUUGGAACUGACUAACCUCUCACCUAGACCUUGUUCUGUAUGAUCAACUCCCAUGCUGGUUCGUACUCCGCAGCUUAUCACUCUCCACUUCUUGGCUAUGGCUCCAUAACUCUUCAAUAGCAAGUGUAAAUUCUUGUUCUGAAGAUUGCACAAUGUUCAUAACACGCAGCGGAAGACAGAAAAACAAUCCUGAACAGAUCUCCUUGUGUUU